CCUGUCGCGAAUCGAGCGCUCGAAACGAACGGGCGUGUCCGUGCUCUUCGCCCGGCGUCUCCCGCGCCGCGACAAUUGGCGAGCGGGCGGUUCGUGACGGGGGGCGUUCUUUUUCUUUUCUUUGUUUUAUUGCGGCGCUGGGGGCGUACCUUGCGAUUUUAUGAGCAGCACAGCUUGUGGUCGAUUGGUCGAUGUGUAAGCUCGCAGCGAUGGCGUGCUCAAGCCCAAACUCACGGAGGGAUCUAUGCGGCUCCCAACGCGGCCUGUGACGUGACGGUAGCGGACGAUUGCGGUCUUUUUGUGAAGUGGGCCGGUCCUGAGUGCUAGCGUCGUGUAAGACACUAGCAAACAGCCAGGCGUAGGCGCAGGGCUACAUCUGCUGCAUCAAGGUUAGCGAUGAGUACGGACGCGCAGAAGCUCGCAAGGAGUCUAAACGACGCGGCCGUGGCGGCUGGUCAAUCGCUAGAGACCAAUGCGGCGCGCCACCAAGUCUGGAGUCUGCUAGGGUCACGCGCGCAAAAUAUACUAAAAGCGCUCUGUGCGGCAGGCGAGGCGCCAGCUGUGUCCGCAGGAUCCUGCGAGCCCGCUGCGUCGAGAGCACGCACCGCCAGCGGCCUCGCGCGCUUCCCGGAAGACGUGCUCGGCGCCAUCAUCGCGUUCGUGGACCUGCCGAUGCGCUUCACCUGCGUCGCCGCGUGCAGCACGCUCCGAGACGCCUGCGCGCGCCUGUCGCCGCGGCUCGAACACUCGCUGGUUGCGAAGCGCUUCCCGCUGAUCAAUACCUUCGGCUCUGCCGGCGCGCCUGCGCCGCGGGACCUGUUUCGGACGUUUAAGGACUUUGAGGGCGAAAAUACGUAUGCGGUGAGGCCGGAGUCCUCCCUCGCUCUCGACGGCUACACGCUGUCGCUGGAGAUAAAGGCUCGAAAAAUAGAGAGCGCAGGCCCUGGGGAGCCGUGGAGGUUCAACGGGACUCAGGAAUCCAUCUACGUUGGCACCGGCGAGCUCCAAGCAGGAACACCCCUCGUUACCUAUAAAUUUACAGUACCGGAUGCGGUGCGUGAACGCGAGGCUGAACUUCCCGAGACUGACGAAACGACUUGGAGUUUAAUAGCGACUAUCGUGGUUUCGCGGAGAGGCGCGUCUGGAAAGUUACAGUUUGCCAGGAUACAUCGGGAUCCCUGUACUAUGCACGAGAAUGGUCUCGAUUUCGAUUCAAGCGAAAUGCCUAUACCUGCAGGAAAUCAGGCGCUGAACUUCCUCAAACGGAAGGCCGAUAACGUGGACAUGUACACGGACCCCGUCGUCGUUCUCCACUAUACCGGGCCUUGCACUGUUGAAGCGCGUUUCAAAUGGUCCUUUCCUAAUCAUGGCGAAGUCAUGACGGAGCACGAGGCCCGCGCCUGCCUCGAGCACUACGCCGCCUGGUCCGAGUAAGUAUGUGAUAUAG